UUGGAGGGCGUGCGCAGCAGCCUGCAGGAGACGCCGCGCAGCUGGCAGGACUGUGUGCGCUGGGCCCGGUGGCGCUGGGAGAGCCUCUAUCACCAAGCGGUCCUGCAGCUGCUACAUGCCUUCCCGCCUGGCCACGAGAUCAGCCCUGGGAUCCCCUUCUGGGCGCCGCCCAAGAGAUGCCCCCAGCCCCUGGAGUUUGACUACGACAAUAGCACCCACAUGGGGUACAUCAUGGCCGCUGCCAGCCUCUUUGCCCAGAUGCACCGACUCCAGGUGCCCCGGGACCGGGUGGUGGCCAGGGAGACACUGCAAGCCAUGGCCGUGCCGCCCUUCCGGCCGAAGGAGGGGGUGCGGAUCCCUGUCACGGAGGAGGAGCUGGCGCAGGCGCCCGCCGGGGGCGGUAAGGACCAGCGCGCUGCUGGCACAGGCCUGGCCCCCCCGUGCUCUGCCCAGCAGGGCUGA